AUGAUUAUUUUUCUCAUUUCUCUUGUUUUUACGCUUGAUUUGGAAUUUAAACGCAAUUGGAUAUUGAUUGUACCGAACACUUUGCAUUCAAUGCCAUUGGAAAAUAUUCCGGAUGUGGAUAUAGAUCCAGAAGGUUUAUUUAAAUACAUAAUGAUCAAGAUCACCUCAAAAUCAACAGGUGACGAGAAAUUGAUUAUUCGAGGCUAUAAACAUUGUAAAUGGCAUAAAAAUAUUUUCAAAGAAGCUGAAAAGAAAAUAGGCACUUCCUUCUCAUUGAAAUGCGUUGGCGGUGGACGCAUAAAUCACGAACCUCAAAAGAAAAGCCUUUUUAUUUACGGUUACUCACAGAGGUAUGGUCCGGCAAAACAUGAACAAGCGGUCAAUUUAUUGCAAAAGAAAUAUCCCGAAUAUAAAAUUACGUAUUCAUACGAUGGUUACUGA